UCCACCCGACUACUUUUCAGGAUCGGACCGGUGAAAACAGCAAGGAUGGAAGUGUGAGAAGCGAUUUUUAAAAUAACUAUAAAUGAACUAUUUAAACAUGUUUAUCAUUUCUAUGUUUUGUGCAGAUGUUACCUAGCUGGUUGAAUACACUGGUGUGUUGGCAACAUGUUAAAAUGGUGGAAAAGAGAAGUUUAUAAUUUUAACUCUACAUGUUGGGUGACAACAGCGGUAGAACAUCAGAUGUUUCCGAAUGGCAGCUUUGCCCUGAACCCCACCUUUGUGAAAUUCAACACGUGCAGGAGGGAUGCUAACGCUGCUAUGCUCAGCAAUUAUGAGGUGUAUCAGCUGCUGAUGGAGCUGAAAGAGAAGAGGAAAGAGAGCGUUAAAAACAAGCACAGCACUGGGCAGCAGAACCUUAACACUAUAAUGUAUGAGACACUUAAGUAUCUCUCCAAGACACCAUGUGUUCAUCAGAGUCCUGAGAUAGUGAAAGACUUCUUAAGUGCGAUGCUUCCACACAAACUCACCAAAGCAGAGAAACUGCAGCUGCUGAACCACAGACCACAGACGGCUGUUGAGAUCCAACUGAUGGUAGAAGAGAGUGAAGAACGGUUGACCGAACAACAAAUAGAUGAGCUUAUUCAGACUGUCACAGAUAUUCUUCCUGGAGAUCCUCAGCAAGAAGGUGGUGCCACAGAAGACCCUGAAAUGGACGCGAGCACAGAUCAGUGAUUUAAAAAAAAACAUUUAAAAAUCCAGAAAUUCUUUACGUCAUCAUCAAACAGUUGUUUAAAACAUCUGUUUAUCCAAAUGACCAUGUACAGUAUAUUAGGUGUCUGAAGUUUUGACUGGAAUAAGUAAGUAAGGAGAAUUUGUAAAACCUGCAGAAGACAUUAUUUGGCUUAAUUGUAACGUUUGUACAUAAACCUAUUGUAACUGAAGCCACAUAGAUCCAUGUCAGCUUACAAAUUGCCUUUAUGCCUGCAACAUUUUACAUUCACUUUUUGCGUAACAUUUUGCAGCUGAAGCUUGCAGCAUGUUUACAAAGAGCAGGUUGGUAUCAGUUCAGCAUUGGCUGAGAUGCAGAGUUUUGAUAUUGGUAUCAUAUUGAAAUGAAAAUGGGGGAAAAUAGCAACUUUGAAUUUCAUAAGCCACUUCAUAUGAGAUUACUCAACAAAAAUGCAUGGUUUGAAACACCUUGCACAAUGCUAAACCGUUGGUUGUAAGUUUAUCUUGCUGAGCUCCGGUGCAAAAGUAAAAAAGGAACUUUGCACACCAAAAAGGGAAACUUGCGUAUAACUAAGCUGUUGUUGAAUCAUUUUGAGUUUCAUUACAUUAAUGAAAGUUUGUAUUGCUUAUACGUUCACUGUGAUUAAUUAAAGCUGGAUCAUUACAUGCUGA